AUGAAGUUCGAGGACUUUAAGAAAUGUUCGCAAUCUGGUUUCUGUAGACGUAAUCGUCUGUAUGCCGAGCAAGCCACCUUAGAGUCUUCCCCUUAUAUCUUGGUGACCGAUUCUAUUAAUUUCUCCAAUGACAACAACCGACUGCGUGCUGAUAUCAAAAAUACCGAUACCAAUAUAUUACUUACUCUUGAUUUAGAUAUCCUCAAAGACAGCACAGCACGCGUUCGCAUUAAUGAAAAAUCACCAAUUAAACCACGCUAUGACGACCAUCAAAAACAUACUUUGGUGGAAGAACCUCAAUUUUUAGGCGAAUCCACCAAAGUCGAAAAUUCUGAAAGCAAGGAUGAGCCUGUUACUCUACAUAUCGAUAGCACUCGUAAGAUUGUUCUCCAUGUUCGUCCAGUUCGUAUUGAAUUUUUCGUCGAUAAUAAGCCCGUUAUUUCACUUAACGACCGAGGCUUCUUCCAUUUCGAGCAUCUGCGUACGAAAGAAACACACAAACCUAAGAUGAUUGAAAAGAAAAAUGAAGAAACUGGUAAGAUGACGCUAGAAGAAGAUCAAGACUGGGAAAAGGAUUUGUGGGAGGAAACCUUCAAAUCUUGGACCGACCCUAAACCCAAUGGGCCUGAAUCAAUUGCAAUGGAUAUAACUUUCCAUGAAUUCUCUCACGUUUAUGGUAUUCCUGAGCAUGCUUCUAGUUUAUCUCUGAAGGAGACGAAGGGAGGUGAGAACGCUUACGACGAACCUUACAGAUUGUACAAUACCGAUGUCUUUGAAUAUGCUUUGGAUAGUCCCACUGCUUUGUACGGUGCAGUUCCACUAAUGAUUGCUCAUAGAAAGGGAUUGUCUGCCGGUAUAUUUUGGAUGAACCCAUCAGAAACUUGGAUUGAUAUUGUUAAAAAAAAACCUACAGACAACAGUAACCCAGUUCAAAAAGUGUUUAAAUCUGGUCAGAAAGCUGACUCUCUCUCUACGCAAACACAUUGGAUUUCUGAAGCCGGAGUCAUGGAUAUUUUUGUUUUCCUUGGCCCUACAACCAAAGACAUCCUUCGUCAAUACACGGCACUUACUGGCUCUCUUUCUAUGCCACAAAUGUUUGCUAUUGGCUAUCAUCAAUGUCGUUGGAACUAUCUCAAUCAAAAAGACGUUCUUGAAGUUGAUAAAAAGUUUGAUGAAAAUGACAUGCCUUACGAUGUGAUUUGGCUUGAUAUCGAAUACACCGACGACAAGAAGUAUUUCACCUGGGAUCUUCCAAAAUUUCCCAACGCUACUCAAAUGGCUGAAGUUUUAGAUAACAAGGGCAGAAAUUUGGUGACCAUCAUUGAUCCUCAUAUCAAACGUGUUGACAAUUACUACAUUUGCGAUGAAGCUAAAUCUAAAAACUUGUUCGUCAAGAAGCCUGAUGGGGCUGAUUAUGAAGGUUGGUGUUGGCCGGGGCAAUCAUCUUGGGUUGACUUUGUACACAAGGAAUCUUACGAUUGGUGGAAAGAACAAUUUCAGUUUGACAAGUUUCAAGGCACUCGUGAUAACGUACAUCUUUGGCACGAUAUGAAUGAGCCGUCCGUUUUCAAUGGACCUGAAAUUACCAUGCAAAAGGAAAUGGUUCAUGACAGCCGAAAAUAUGAACAUCGUGUAUUGCACAACCUUUAUGGCUUUUUAGGCCACAAGGCCACUACUGAUGGUGUCCGCGAACGAUAUCAAAAGGUAAAUGGUAUGAAACAAAAGCGUCCUUUUGUUUUAGGCCGCGCUUACUAUGCUGGUGUCCAACGCGUUAGUGCUGUUUGGACAGGCGAUAAUAUGGCUAAUUGGGAAUCGCUAAAAAUGAGCAACCCCAUGAUCUUAUCCAACAGCUUGGCAGGUGUGUCUUUUAUAGGAGCUGAUGUACCUGGUUUCUUCGGUAACCCUGAGCCUGAAUUGCUCACUCGUUGGUAUCAAGCGGCUGUUUAUCAGCCCUUCUUCCGUGGUCAUGCCCACAUCGAUACCAAACGCCGCGAACCUUACUUGUCUCCUGAGCCUUACAAGUCUAUCACUCGAAAUGCCUUGCGUGAACGUUAUGCACUUUUACCUCUUUGGUACACAUUAUUUUAUGAAACCUCGAAAACGGGUACUCCCAUGAUGCGUCCUAUGUUCAUGGAGUUCCCUGACGAUGAAGCUCUCUACGCCAUGGAAGACCAGUUUAUGGUUGGCGACUCUAUUUUGGUAAAGCCCGUCACUACAGAAGGCGCCACUAGUGUAGAUAUUUACUUUCCUAAGGAUGAAAAGAACAAUGGCUUGUGGUAUCAUACCAAAAGUUACGAACGUAUUUCUAAGGAAGGAUGGCAAACAGUAAAUGCUCCUUUGGAUACAGUCCCGGCAUAUUAUCAAGGUGGUCAUAUCAUCCCUCGACGUGAACGUCUUCGCCGCAGCUCAGCUGCUAUGCGUAAGGACCCUUUCACAUUGAUUGUAGCCAAGAACGAGCAAGGCACGGCUCAAGGCCAUUUAUACCUUGACGAUGAAGAAACUUAUGAUUUUGAAAAGGGCGCAUAUGCUUAUACUGAGUUUAUCUUCAAGGAAGACGGUGAACUAACAUGUCGAAACCUGCACGAACACCCUAAUAACAGUGAAGCAACGCAAUUUGCUCAAUCUAGGGAACAAGUGCGUGUCGAGCGUAUUGUUAUUUUAGGACAAGAAAAGGGCCCCAAAACUGUCAGGGUUAUAACUCAAAAUGGCGACGAAAUGCAGGUAGAAUUCGAAUAUGACAGUCGACGACAAGUAGUAACUGUUAAGGAUCCUAAAGUAUCUGUAAUUGAUUGCAAUUGGCGUGUUAUUGUCAAUUAA